AUGUCUCAGCAAGGUUACUAUCCUCCUCCUCAGGGCGGCUACCCUCCCCCGCAGGGUGGCUAUCCUCCUCAGGGCUACCCUCCUCCUCAGCCUAUGCAAUACCAGCAGGCUCCUCCUCCUCAGGAAAAGAGCCACGGCUGUCUCUACACUUGUCCUCUCCAUAACCUCGACCCCCCGCCGAUGACUCCAACCCUCUUUUCUACGCCGCCCGACCCUGAUACGAAUCCAGAAGGGCAGGUGGAAGAAAAGGGUACCACAUAG